CGGGUCCUCAGCGGAGCGCCUCUGCGGGUGCUCGCACAGCAGUGUUCUGGUGCCCGCGGGGAUAGUAGGUCGUUUUCUGGGAGUCUUCAUGGCUGGGAUUGUGGGGUGCAGCAGAGACUCAGUGUCGGGGAAAGCGGAGACUAAGAAAACCUGAGCAUCAGCUUUCGCAGGAGCGCAGAAGGACUACCGUGUGCAGAACGGCUUCUAACCCGAGUCCUCACCGUCGCCUUUCCGAACAAGCGUGUCCUCUCCUGUCUCUGCGCAUGCGGCUGUGUGUGGGAAAGUCUGGGACGGGGGGGGGGCUGAGGGCUGGGCUUCGGGUCCCCCCAUGCCCUGCCUCCCCCCAGGAGGCCUCCUUGGUUCCUGGGCAAGAGCAAGAGGCCGAGGGGACCCGGCUGUGGAGUGCAGGACCAGACACCCCCGCGAUGACCAGUUCCCCCGUCUCCAGAGUUGUCUACAACGGCAAGAGGAACAGCAGCCCCCGCUCUCCCCCCAGCAGCAGUGAGAUUUUCACCCCAGCCCACGAGGAGAAUGUGCGUUUCAUUUACGAAGCCUGGCAGGGCGUGGAGCGCGAUCUGCGGAGCCAGAUGUCCGGCAGCGAGCGGGGCCUGGUGGAGGAGUACGUGGAGAAGGUCCCUAACCCCAGUCUGAAGACCUUCAAGCCCAUCGACCUGAGCGACCUGAAGCGCCGGAACACGCCGGACGCCAAGAAGUCCUGAAGCGCGCCGUGUCCCUCCCCUGGCCUCCAGGAGACCGGGGCGCCGCCUGAUGCUGGGAGGGGGAGGGGCUGUAAACCCCAGGAUCAGGAGGGGCACGAUCGCUGGCCAUGGCCUGCCCUUCCUCCCCGAGUCCCCUCCUUUCUUCUCGGGCAGUCUCCAGCUGUCCCUGUCACGGGGGAGGCCCUGCCAGCCCCUGCUCUCCCCGGAGCCGCGUCUUUGGAGCUGCCUGCCCUGCCCGCCCCCAGUCCAGGGCCUUGACUCUGACUUCUCUUCACUUCCCAUCACCUCCUGUUGCCCCCACCCCCUGAGUCCCUACCCCCGGCCACUUCCACGGUCAUGAGGGGGACAAGGGGGCCUCUGCUCUUUCCCAGGCUGGUGGGACUGGCUUGUCCCUGAGGGGUCAGGAGGCAGGACGGCGAUGCUCUCUCCCAUAGUAGUUGUGCGCCCCCCCACCAAGCCCUGCUGCUUUUCUGGGCUGGACACCUUGGGGAGCAUCUGAUCCUUCAGCCCGUUGUCCAGCCUGGCCCCUUCCUUUCCUGCAUCAGCUUCAGGAUGGCACUGAGCACCCCCUCAGAAAGGGUCCUGGGCGACCGGGCCUAGCCCCUUGCUGUCUGCGGCCCUGAGGCCACAGGUCUCCCUGCGGGAAGGGGUGUGAAGAUGAUCCUGGCCCUGUACCAUGUGCUGGGAGGGUCACCAGGGCCCCCUUUUCUUCCUGUGCCCUUCAAAAGCCGAGUGUCUGUGCCUGGAGCCCAAGGACCAGUGAAUAAAGGCGGGUGGUGCAGGAGCGGCCCCUUGGUCUGUCAGGCCCACGUCCGGCAGCCCACGGAGGGCUGGAGACCCAAGGUCAGGCCCCACCCUAACCCCAGAAAUCCCAUCAGCUCCCUGGGUUCCUCUAGGGGGCUCAGGCCUCUUAUAGGGGGCAGUGGGCGCUGGGGGAGGAGAGAGGCUGAGGUGGCUCUCCCGUGCUCUUCGGGGACCAUUGCCUUAGGGGUGGGGACCCUGGAGGCAGGAGGCUCCCUCUGCAGCCCUGGACCCGGGGGGGAGUGGUUCCUCCGCUGUUCCGAUGAAGGAGUGGCCGCUGGGCCCUGAGGGAGACCCAAGUCACUUGACCUUCAAACCUGGAAAGCCCUGGUAGGCCAGGUCCCAUACACGGAACUGGAGUUUAUUUUGGGAACAUGCUUUCCUGGAAGAGUACUCUGGGGCCUACAGGUGACUCCAGGAGGCGUCUUCUUGGGGGGUGCUCCUCAGGGACAGGGCACAGGAAGGACAGGUCGUGUAAUAAACAGCCGCCUUGGCUCACUGCCAGUGGGAGCUGGCGGGUGCUGGCCCUGCGCCAGGUCUCUAACCGCGUGGCCUUGUUUGCUCCCUGGGGACCUGUGGGUGUCUUGCCGAGGGGUUCGAGUGCCCCCAGCCACCCUCCCUGGCCGCCUGCACUAGUGGUGAUACCCGUGGGCCUGUCCAUCCGACCACUGGGGGUGUGACCACAGGAGACCCCUCACGGGCAUUUCACUCAGUAUCCCUGCCCACUUAGGUUUUGCGUGGGGUGGAGGCGCUCAGCCUGGGGUCUUUGUGCCAAGACCCACCUCAGAGGUGGAGUGUGGCCCAGAGGCCACGUGCCAGGAGGGUGAGCGGAGCUCAGCUGGGCACUGGAGGUGGAGGCCCUGGAGGCAGGAAAGUGGGUGGGCGUGGAACCAUCCCUUCCCUAACUUGGGUCCAUGUGUCCCCUUUGGAGAUUUUGCCUAACAGGUGAGGACUCUGAGUAGUCAUCAGGGGGUGUCGGGGACCAGAGGGGAGGGGCAGAUGGGGCGGAGGGAGGCGGGUUAGUGGGGAGGUUCUUCCUGUUUGUCGGGCGCCCUCUGGUCCGAGCCCAGCCUCAGCUGUGCUGCCUCCUCCCCGUCCAGGCUGCUGGGACUUCACUGUGGCCGUGUGGGUGCCCCUGAGUGGCUGGAGACCCCUGCCCUCCGGUGCAGUGAGGGGAGUGAGCAUCUUGGUGGAGUGGGGACAUCCCCUCUGCUCUGCCACCCUGUGCCCCGCACGUGCACACAUCAGUCACUAGUUCAUCGUGGGGCAACUUUAUGACCCUACCUUUACCUCCUUCCAGAGGACGGCCUUACUCAAAUUUUUAGGCUUUUGCUUUUACCACAAUUUUGAUUUAGUAAAUACUGAGCACGUUUA